CAAGUAUUUGUGCCUAAUGAAGGUAGGAGAAGAUGAAAAUUGACCAAAUAACUAGUAUCAGGACUCGAAUGUGAGACAACACCAUUCCAGAUGGAUGUGUGGGCUUGAGGCAGCACUGGGGGACAGAGAGCUGAGCGGGGCUCAUGCAUUAACCAGGAGUUGGAAAAGCCAAUGGUUCUGUCCUAAACUUGAGUUCAAGGGGGUCCCAGAUGUGAGUGGGAUUUGAUCCUUCGUCUGGGAUGACUUUACAGAGCCCCUCCCCCUCCCAGCCUGUCAUCCUCCUGGCAGAAGAGGAACCUCACUAACCACACUGGUUCCUUAACAUUUCCUCAAGAAUGUCCCCUGCUAUUGGACAAAUGUCAGCCUGAGCUCACUCUGCUAAAUGUCAUAGUGGUGUCAGGUGGCCCUGGGAGAGGCAACUGGAAGGAGCAGGCUGUAGGGAAGUGUUAGGGACUGAAGAGAAGGGAGUUCCACACUCCAGGGAGGACACGGAUGCCAAGGAGCAAAGGACAUGGCAUUAGGGUGGACACGGCCACUGAAUACGGAUUUUCAGCUGAUGAGGCACUAGGAAGUUCAAACACCAUUGUGUCUGGGUCCUGGACUGGUGAUUUGGAGAGAGCUCUAACAGGACCCAGGUCUCCUUCUAGGGCAGGAUGGCCCAGGAUCUCAGUGAGAAGGAGCUGCUGAGGAUAGAGGUGGAGCAGCUGAAGAAGGAAGUGAAGAACCCACGUGAUCCGAUUUCCAAAACAGGAAAGGAAAUCAAGGAUUAUGUAGAGGCCCAAGCAGGGACCGACCCUCUGCUUAAAGGCAUCCCAGAAGACAAGAAUCCCUUCAAGGAGAAAGGCACUUGUGUGAUAAGCUGAUGGCCCACCCUCACCUCCCUCUCCCUUUCUCUGUCCCUCCUCAACCAUGCCCAAAUGUACUGGGAUACCUAGGAUCAGUGUUUACUCCCUCUUAGACAUGAAUAAAGAUGCUAAGAAAAAACAACAACCACCGCUGAGUGGAUUCUCAA